AUACAAGUGUCUUAGUUAAGUGUAAGGGACAUGGGAAAGUGAGUGUGGAUGUAUUGACCUAAAAGAGAAAAAAAAAAAGAAUUCUGUGUUUUUAAAAAGAAUUUGUUGUUUUUGUUGAAGAGAAACUUAAGUUGACGCCUUUAUGUCCAGCUACAGAGGACAACUGCUCUAGCGACCUCAAGAAUAUAUUAGAAACGCCUAACAAACAAACUGGAUUUAGAAGGAAAAAAGUGGAUUGUGUUUUUUUGUCUGGAUGAAUUAUUAUACCUGAAAAGAAGCUCAAUUAAAGCCUUGUUAUAGAUACAUGAAGAUACUACUCGUAUAAACUGAUGUAAUUCAGAAAAAUGACCCAAUUUCGUGUUUGUUCUUUACCUCCGCGAGUGGAUUACAAUUUGAACAGUUACAGUGUUUAGAUCUAACUCAGGUCUGUGUUUAUGUUUGGAAGUGGAAAGUGUGUGACUGAGGCGGGUGAUGUAGAGGACAGGGGUUGUGAGGCGAGGACAGGUAAGAGCGGCACUCGACGCCAGGUAAAUUACACUCAUUAACACUCGGUGAACUUUUUCCUGGGUGUUGGGUGGCGUGGCGUCGAGCUGCUGUUGGGGAAAUAAUGGUGAACGGGUCUCUGCGGGGGGGGUUCUCGCCUCCUACCCAGGAAGCAGGUGGUGGCGUGUACCGGUAACUGGUGACGAGCACCGGUAUACUCACCAAAAACUGUUAUUAAAGGUAGAAAAAAAGUGAAUGGUACCAGCGCUUCCGGUACUGAGCAGGUGCCGUGUACUGGGACACUCGCCAGGUACCCGCUAACAGUCAUGUGGACGAGGGUGUUAGUCACCUGGACGUGUCAACAACCUGGUGAAGUGUUGAGGCUCGACCUUUUCCUGUAAAGUUGUUAAACUCUGACCUUCGAGUCGACCCCUUCCCGUCCAGCAGUAGACUCAUGGUUCACCGAUGAUGGAGAAGGUGGAGAAGAAACUAACGAGGUUCCGCGCCACACUGAAGAAUAAAAGGAAACUUUCCUUACCUGUGUUUAUCAACCAGUUCCAGCAGCAGUGGGCGGAGCAACACGGGGGAGGCUCUACCAGUGGAGGGCUGGAGGUCGGCGGGGGGGUGACCUCAUCCUCGGGGUCGUCCUUCGGGAGCCUGACGUCCAUCCCACAUGGGGUGGAGAAGGAGGGCCGUAGAGGCAUGUCCCCGACCAAUCUCAACUUGCCUUUCCUGCCGCUCGACUUGAGUGCCAAGGAGCGUCUGUCGAGUAACAGUGGGGGUUCCUCCUCCUCCCCGUACUCGACCAUGAGCCACAAUGGUCGAGGACAACACCACCACACUAACCUCAUCACCUCAGUCUCCUCACCAGGCGGCACCACACUACUGGUCCCUGGCACACCUCCUUACCCCAUCGUGCGUCUCAGUCUACCAGAUGGAACUUCCAGCAGAACAGAAGUGAAGGCAGACUCAAAAACUCCAGAUAAUGAGGUAAGUGUAUCAACAGUCAAUUAA